AUGAUGCUGACAGCGGCGAGUUGUGACGGCAGCGACGAGUGUUUCAAUGCUACUGCUACUGCUACUGCUACUGCUGCUGCUGCUGGUACCGCUGCUGAGUGUGGUGCUGGUGGUGGUAGAGGUGAUGGCAGUGGUUCUGGCGGUGGUGGUGGUUGUGCCGAUGGUGGCGGCGGCGCUCGAGGAGGGCGGAAGACCACCUGGCUGGCAGCGCGGGGUGGAAAGAGCAUGAGAAGGAUGGAACGAUCGGGUAGAGGUCGAGGGGGUUUGGGAGAGCAGGAAGAGGAGGAGAAGAACGGAGGGAGAGAGGGCAGGCUAGAAUAUAGCGAAGAAAUUUUGGCGUCUACUUCGUUGGGUCGAUACAAUGUCGCUCAGGCAGGCAGCAGGGUUGAGGAAUUUCCUUCACGUUCCGAGAUGUUGGCGCUGCUGCUUUCGACGGUGCCAGGCGGCGUUGUAACUCUUCGACCGACAUUACCGUGGGGCUCUACAAGAAACGCUGCGGGGCCCCCGCUGCCAGACGGAACGAUCCCGCAUAUCGAUCUUAAUUCCGCAGUCUGGCGAGCAGAUAAGCUCUCGGAUGCUUAG